GAGAGAGAAGGGAGAGAGAGAGAGAGAGAGAGAGGUAGGAAUAAAAGGGAGCAAGGAAUAACAAGAGAAAAAAAGGGAGUAUGCAGUGUCUGGAGAGCACUCUGUUUUGGAUCAGCUGGGCUUUCACGGCCACAGGUCUCGCGUUUGUUUUCGCCGACAGGCGGAUCUCGGGGCCGUACGGUCGUUACGUGCCCACAGACUACAACCGCAGGAUGGUGCCCGCAGCCUUGGGCUGGUUCAUCCAGGAGCUGCCCGCAUUCCUGGUGCCCGUCCUCCUCGCCCUGACCACGGAGGGGAGACCCGGCCUGGGCAAAGUCUUGCUGCUCUGCACCUACUGCCUACACUACUUCCAGAGGACGUUUGUCUUCUCGCUGCUGACGCGAGGCAAGCCCAUGCCUGCACAGACCGUCAGGUCUGCGGCGGUUUUCUGCACGCUGUGCGGUGCCAUACAGAGCCACAACCUACUGCACUGCGCCCACUACGACCACACCUGGUUGAUGGAUGGCCGUCUGGUUACUGGACUGUUCAUGUUUUUCUUGGGCAUGGCCAUCAACAUUCAUAGUGAUCAUGUUCUACGCAGCUUGAGGAAGCCGGGGGAGACAGCCUACAAAAUCCCCAGGGGUGGAAUGUUUGAGUAUGUGUCCGGAGCAAACUACUUUGGGGAGAUUAUGGAAUGGUAUGGUUUCGCCAUGGCGACGUGGUCCCUCCCAGCACUCUCUUUUGCGUUCUUCACCAUGUGUUCCAUCGGACCACGGGCUUACUACCACCACAGGUUUUAUAUUGAGAAAUUCAGCGAGUACCCUAAAACAAGAAAGGCCCUGAUCCCCUUCAUCUUUUGACUGGAAAGUUCAGAGAAGGAGGCUUUGGAGACUGACUGGCACUCAAUUGAGUAUCUCAAGGUUUUUGAGAGAAAACUAUGCAAGUUUAAAUCAAUAAUGGAAAUAAAAAAAGGAUUAACUAAAUACAUUAUGUGGAAAUAAAAUUUAUGAAAUGACAUGGUUUAUUUGAUCAACACAAAAUCCAUGCUAGUUUAGUCCUGAACAAGCAAAAGCAUCCACACACACACGCACAC